GUAGGGGAAAGGGAGCCCACAGGGGUCCACCCUGAGUGUCUGGGCCUCCUGCAGCCACCAGUGUGGGUUCUUCGAUUGGACCCUCUGGACUUCUGCAAAGGCGUGAAUGAGCCUCAGAGGUAUUUACACUGCCCCCGCCCCCAGUUAUGUAUAAGUGCAUAUCUGCCCCUGAGGACGGGGUUCUUUGAAGUUUCAUUUUGUUCUCAUGAGGGUCCCCGGCCCCAUGGCAUCUGAGUUACAGUGUUUCUGUUUUAUACAAACCCCUCACUCCGUGAGCUCUCCCACACUCUGUGACCCCGCUAUCACCUUAUGAGUUACUCCCUCUGCCCCUUCUGACCCCACUCUUCACCCCAUGACCUCCACUCACCCUCCAGGCCCCCACUGUUACCUUCGUCCUAGCAUCUCCCCUUGCUCCUACAUGCCCUUGGCCUCUACCGCUGUGCCCUGCAGUCUGUCUUCCCCUUGCCUUCCGUGACUCCCCUGUGGCUCACCUUCCUCCCUGGGAUAGUGCCAUGCCUACCUUGUGCCUGGCUUUCUUCACCAGUGACCUGUGCAUAUGGGAGAGAGAGGUUGAGGAUGUGGGAGUAGGGGAAGAGAGAAGAGUGGGGAAAAGCAGAAGAAGAAAGUGAAAGAAGCUCUAGAGGAAACCACAGGGCCUAUGGGGAAGAGGGGCCGUUGCCAUGGUAAACCCUAGUUGUGGGGGAAGGGUAAAAUGUCCCAUAGCCCGAGGCCAGCGGAAGUCCACCAGAGAAGGACCCCCUUCUCCCCAGUUGCUCCUCCCAGCAGUACACACCUACACCCCACCUGACACUGACUGAGCACCUACCCCGAGAUGGGCACUUUGCUAGGUGCUGUGGUUUCCGUCAGUCCCUGCCCGCAAGGAGGGCCCCUUCUGGUGAUAGAGGUGACAGACCUGGGAACACAGACCUCAUGUCCAGUUCCUUCUCAAAGUUCCCUGUGGUCAAGUGUGGGCCCCAGGGUGAAUAUUUCCCACGACUCCUUCUCCCUACAGGUUCCAUUCUCGCCCAGGUCCGGCUGCCGUUCCGGCACUUUCCACUUCUCCCAGUUGGCCUCCUCCACCCCUUUCCCAGGCUCCACCACUGUCUUGGUUCCGUGGCCCCCCAGUCUCCUUGUCUGAGCCUGGGCCUGGGCCUCUCUCUCCAACUUCCCAGCUGUCUGGACCUUGAAUUUCUCAAAGCUUCUCCACUUGUUACUCAUAUUAAUUAUUCACGGAUUCUCUGCUCAAGCCCUUAGGAUGGGCCAGGUUCUCUUCUAAGCAAUUGAUAUGAAAUAGUUCAUUUAAUUCUCACAACAAUCCUAUGAGUUCCAUUUGAGAAACGAGAAAACAGCCACAGGGAGGGUAGGUAACUUACCUGAGGUCCCACUAUCAGUAAGUGACAGAGGCAGGAUUCGAACUCAGGCAGUUCGGUUCCAGAGCCCGUGUAGUGGAGCACCCACUAUGAUACAGUAGGCACCAGGGUUUCAAAAUGAACAAUAUUCACUCAUUUCCUCCUCUCUCCAGUACUUACUGCCUCGAUGUUUCUUGCUUCCUAUCAUGCUUCUAUAUAAGGAAAUGGAGAGAUCAUCAGUUUGGGAGCCAGGCUGACUUGGAUUGAAGUCCCAGACCAGCCCCUUGCUAGCUAUGUGACCUUGGACAAGGUCAUAUAAGCCUCUAAGCCUCAAUAUCUACCUUAUCUCUAAGCCUCUACAACUAUAAAAAUUAGGGGACUGGGGGGGAUAUCAACAACUAUGUCAUGAUGUUGUGAGGAUUAAUUAUCACAUCAUCAAACACUCAGCACAUAGUAUGUGUUCAAUCGAUGAGCUUCCUUCUUCCAGACCCCUGUGCCAUCAACUGCCUCGGCCUAGUUUUACCCCUAUCUGCUCCACCUUCUAGAUCAGUCACCCCCACCAUCCCCAAGUCUCCCCCACCCCGGGGCGUGUCACUUCCUCCUCUGCAGCCUCCCAGAUCAGUACACAAAGGCUGCUGCUGCCUCCAGAGGAAGGGCUGCUCUGCACGCACCUAUGCAGAAACUAAGGCCCAGAGAGAAUGCCAGACUUGCUUCACAGCCAACCAUGAUGCCUUUGUCAACGGUCCUUGUUUUCCUGCUGGCUCUGAGCGGAGGUGAGAGUGAGUUGGACGCCAAGAUCUCAUCUCCAGGGGAGGCCACAGAAUGGGGAGAUCCUGAUCCAUCCCUGCCAGAGUCCUGCCAGCCAGCUCCCUCCUGCCAGAAGUGCAUCCUCUCACAUCCAAGCUGUGCGUGGUGCAAGCAACUGAACUUCACGGCAUCGGGGGAGGCCGAGGCGCGGCGCUGCGCUCGGCGGGAGGAGCUGCUGGCGCGGGGCUGCCCCCCCGGGGAGCUAGAGGAGCCCCGCGGCCGGCAGGAGGUGCUGCAGGACGAGCCGCUCAGCCAGGGCGCCCGCGGCGACGGGGCCACCCAGCUGGCGCCGCAGCGGGUCCGGAUCACGCUCCGGCCCGGGGAGCCCCAGCAGCUCCGGGUCCGCUUCCUCCGUGCCGAAGGAUACCCUGUAGACCUGUACUACCUUAUGGACCUGAGCUACUCCAUGAAGGACGACCUGGAGCGCGUGCGCCAGCUCGGGCACGCCUUGCUGGAGAAGCUGCAGAAGGUCACCCGUUCUGUGCGCAUCGGCUUUGGCUCCUUUGUGGACAAAACGGUGCUGCCCUUCGUGAGCACAGUGCCCUCCAAACUUCGCCACCCCUGCCCUAGCCGGCUGGAGCGCUGCCAGCCGCCCUUCAGCUUCCACCAUGUGCUGUCCCUGACGGGGGAUGCUGAAGCCUUCCAGCGGGAGGUGGGACGCCAGAGCGUGUCUGGCAACCUGGACUCGCCCGAAGGCGGCUUUGAUGCCAUUCUGCAGGCUGCACUCUGCCAGGAGCAGAUUGGAUGGAGAAAUGUGUCCCGGCUGCUGGUGUUCACUUCAGAUGACACAUUCCACACAGCUGGGGAUGGGAAAUUGGGUGGCAUUUUCAUGCCCAGCGAUGGGCACUGCCACUUGGACAGCAAUGGCCUCUACAGUCGCAGCCCAGAGUUUGACUACCCCUCGGUGGGUCAGGUAGCCCAGGCCCUCUCUGCUGCAAACAUCCAGCCCAUCUUUGCUGUCACCAGCACCACACUGCCCGUCUACCAGGAGCUGAGUAAGCUGAUUCCUAAGUCUGCAGUGGGGGAGCUGAGUGAGGACUCCAGCAACGUGGUGCAGCUCAUCAUGGACGCUUAUAAUAGCCUGUCGUCCACCGUGACCCUCGAACACUCUCCACUCCCUCCUGGGGUCCACAUUUCUUAUGAAUCUCAGUGUGGGGGUCCUGAGAAGAGGGAGGGUGAGGCUGGAAACCGGGGCCAAUGCAACCACGUCCGAAUCAACCAGACGGUGAAUUUUUUGGUUACUCUUCAAGCUACCCACUGCCUCACAGAGCCCCAUCUUCUGAGGUUCCGAGCCCUUGGCUUUUCAGAGGAGCUGGUUGUGGAGUUGCAUACACUGUGUGAUUGUAACUGCAGUGACACCCAGCUCCAGGCUCCCCACUGCAGUGACGGCCAGGGGCACCUACAGUGUGGGGUGUGCAGCUGUGUCCCUGGCCGCCUGGGUCGGUUCUGUGAGUGCUCUGAGGCUGAGCUAUCCUCCCCAGACCUGGAAUCUGGGUGCCGGGCCCCCAAUGGGACAGGGCCCCUGUGCAGUGGGAAGGGACGGUGCCAGUGUGGACGCUGCAGCUGUAGUGGACGGAGCUCUGGGCGUUUUUGCGAGUGUGAUGAUGCCAACUGUGAGCGACACGAAGGCGUCCUCUGUGGAGGCUUUGGCCGCUGCCAAUGUGGAGUGUGUCACUGUCACGCCAACCGCACGGGCAGAGCGUGCGAGUGCAGUGCGGACACGGACAGCUGUGUCAGUCCUGAGGGAGGACUCUGCAGUGGGCACGGACACUGCAAAUGCAACCGCUGCCAGUGCUUGGACGGCUACUACGGUGCCCUAUGUGAUCAGUGCCCAGGCUGCAAGACACCAUGCGAGAGACACAGGGACUGUGCAGAGUGUGGGGCCUUUGGGACUGGUCCUUUGGCCACCAAUUGCAGCGUGGCUUGUGCCCAUGCCAACGUGACUCUGGCUUUGGCCCCUAUGCUGGAUGAUGGUUGGUGCAAAGAGAGGACCGUAGACAAUCAGCUGUUCUUCUUCCUGGUGGAGGAUGAAGUCGGAGGCAAGGUCGUGCUGCGAGUGAGACCCCAAGAGAAGGGAGCAGACCACACCCAGGCCAUUGUGCUGGGCUGCAUAGGGGGCAUCGUGGCAGUGGGACUGGGGCUGGUCCUGGCUUAUCGGCUGUCGGUGGAAAUCUAUGACCGCCGAGAAUACCGUCGCUUCGAGAAAGAGCGGCAGCAACUCAACUGGAAGCAGGACAGCAAUCCUCUCUACAAAAGCGCCAUCACAACCACCGUCAACCCCCGCUUUCUCGAGGCCGACAGUCCCCCUCUCUGAAGCGGGAGGGACCCUCACCCCAGGGCUCUGCUUGCUGGGAGGAUAGUGGGAACUGGAGGGGCGGGGUCUAACGGGCAGCAGCCUGGGAGGGGACUAAUCCAGAGCGGAGUGGCCACCACCUCACUUCAUUCUCAGGGACACCCCCGAGGGCCGCCUACUGCUGCAACGUUGCUUCCCUACCUCACGGGAGUGGGGGGUCACCCCACCCACGUAUACAAUAAAGUCUUACCUCAGAGCACAGCCGUCACUUUGCUUCACCCCAAGGCCAAAGCAGGCUGCGGAGCCUGGGCCUGGGCAAGCUCCCCUUCCUUCCUCCUCCUGCCACUCGAGGGCAGGGGCCAGUUCUCACACUUGAAGGUGCAGGAGAAUCAAGACGCGGCUGCGCGGGAGGCAGCUGGGGUGUGGG